AUGCAGUCCCAUCUCACUAGACGGGUCUUCCGGGCAAUCAUCAACAAUGAACCACUUCGGUUCUCCCAAUGCCACCGAAAUCGCCUAUUGCACACAAUCACGCCUGCCCGAGUACGACCUGCGAUGCACAGCCUCCCUUAUACAUCGCGACGCAACAUAUUUGUCUUCAGCUCUGACCCCGAGCGGUCACAAUCUACUUUGCCCUCUGAAAAGGGCCUGAAACCAAUGGCUGACUUGAUGAGGGCACUCAAAGAUAGAAGCAGAACUCCUCCGAGUGAUAUUCUCGCAAAGGCUUUCCAAACCUUUUUCACAAUGCGGCUUGAAACACCAAUGCUCAUCAGCCAUUUCCAAGCCCGCGCGCUGAUCGUCACCUUCAAACAUCUAAGGGCCCAGCAGGCCGAAAUGGAAGAAGAAGACUGGCAGAAUGUUUUCUCGACUGAGAACCUUGAAAAAGUGUUGGACGUACUCUCGGAGUGUGAUUGUGCUCCACAGGCUCGCGAGGUUGUGAUGAACCUUGCCCGAUACGCAUAUCAAGAAUUAAACCUCGAUCAUGGAUUCGGUCCGGGGAAGAUCAGCCGGCCGGCCCUUGCUCUCUAUAUCAAUAUCCUGGCUAUGAAUGGAAACCCCGAGGAUGCUAGACAUACCUUAUUGAAGUUUUGGGGUCAAAUGAGCAAGGCUGUGCCGUCGCCCUGGCUCACAAUUUUGAAAGGAUUUGCCAUGAAGGACGAUCUGCGACAAGUGCGGAAGAUUGUUGAUGAGUGGGGAAACCAUGGCAACAAGUUUGACCAGGCCACCCAUGGAGAGAUAGUUAGAUUCCUCGUCGACCACGGUCAGUGGAAAGCGGCCCAAACUGUCUACGACUCUCCAAUCGCCGAUGGCUCGGAACCCUCUAUGGCUGCGAGAGAGGCUCUCAUUAAAUAUUAUCUCUUGAAUUCGCGUGCAGAAUCGGCGGAGGAGAUCUUCAAGUCUCUUCCCAAUGAGCCCAACGAAGACACCGCUGGCAUCAUUUUGCUCUGGGAAGCAGCAAAGGGGAGCAAUGCUUCUACUCUUGCGCAAAAGGUUCAUGCAUGGACUGCAAAGAACUCUCAGCUCAAGGGCUCCAUCAACAUUGACAUUGUUAAUAACCUUAUCCAGUAUGCAAACGCGGCGCAGAACCCGCAGCUGGCUUCGGAUUUCAUGACGCUCGCAGGCCAGUGGGGUCUUGUCCCAGAUAGCCAGACUCACGUCUUAGAAUUAGAGUCUCGCGUCCAGGCCGGCGAUGUCGGCGAGACUUUGAAGAUCCUCGAAGAAAAGGUUGACCCGACUUACCUCACGAGUCACAACCUGCCAAUUGCAAACAAGCUCAUCGCGAUGCUCUGUCGAUCCGAGGAAAAGGACGCCUUGUUCGACCAAAUCUCCUCCCUGCUAGACCCUCUUUUCCAAGAGAAUGUGCACCUAGAACCUGCGACCAUUGCCGCAUUGACACACAUGCUCCUUUACCGCCACGACCUCGAUGCUGUUUCAGAGUUGCUACGUCCACGACUAGGUAGCUACAGCGACGAACAGAAGAUGCCGAUACGUGACGCUCUCGCAGAGUACAUCAUGGACAAAAGCCAGUCUGAUACAGACGUGUGGAAUGCAUAUGAGCUUCUGAAGAUUGCGUUCCCGGAAACGUGGGUCCCAGUUCGCACCAAAAUCAUGACCUCCUUCUUCAACCGGAAGCGCAGUGAUCUCGCCGUCUUGCCGACGAACCCGGUCGGCGCCCUGAGGCCAGACACUUACGCCCGCUGUUUCCAGGGCCUGGCUCGCACGGCAGAUGCAACCAAUCUGGAGCUUGUGCACAAUAUGUUGAAGUUGGAUCUUGAAGUGGAUCUCAACACGAGAAUCCUAAACGGUCUGAUGAUGGCGUAUGCGGCGUGCGAGAUGCCAGAAAAGAGCAUGGAAAUUUUCCGACAAAUUCUGAAGUCGGAGGAAGGCCCUUGUCACAAGACUAUCACGAUUUUCUUCAAGGUCUGCCAGAAGCAUCACAAUGGUGUCCAGGAGGCCAUCAAGAUGAUGACUAAAGUGAAGAAACUGGAGAUCACUGCGAAUCGCCCGCUCUAUUCGGCAUAUAUGGAGGCCUUGGCAGCGCAAUGCGAGUUUGAUCUGGCCGUUGAGGCUAUCGAUAACAUGGAAGCUGAGAUCGGCAUCCCUCCUACAAGCAAUACCAUCGGGCUGUUCUACAACGCUAUCCCGUACCAAUACUGGAAAGAUGAGGUGGAGAAAUGGGCCAGUCAGAAGUAUCCCGAGCAUUGGGAACAUCUGAUGACGAUAAACCGCACUGACCAAGAGCAAGGGUUGGAGUUUGACGGCAUCUCAAAUGAGGUGUCGGUGUAA